UCGCAUAGAGGAUAGACGCUGCUGCGUGAGAUCCACCGAUGGACCCACACCGGCGCUCCCUCCUCCACGGGUCUCCGACCUCCGCUCGGCUUUUUCCAACAUGUUCGCCUUCUUUAAGGCUCUGUAUUGACAUUUAGCGGCCGCUGGUGAGGCGGUGGCUGCGUAAUUGCGCCAUGCUCGCGCACACAGCACUGUCUGCUUCCUUUUCUUUUUUUUUUUGAUUCCUAAAGACGAACGGGAGACCUCCGCCAUCGGUUGAUAAUUGAGAUGUGUUUUGUGAGCCGCUUGUCUGUCGAACGGCUGCCUAACGAGAUGGUGUACAAAGCUCAACCAGACCGCGUCUAUUCAGCAGGAGCUGGAAUAACAGACAGGGACGCGUUUUGUGCCGGACACUUGUGAGAUGAAGGACAAGAAGAGAAAAAAAGAAACAGAUGCUUUUAUUUUGUUUGUUGUCGGCGGGGAUCGCAGCGCACACCGGGAUGGAUGUGAUCCGAUGUUGAACGGAUGCUUCUGAGUGGAAUUUAUUCCUGAGGGUGGUGGUUUUGUUUUGUUUUCUGUUAAAGAGGGUUUUGCGGAUCGUGUUGAUUUAGUUUUUUUUGGCUUUGUACCGCUCGUCGAUGAAUUGAUGUGGGGAUACGCGCCGCCUCGGCUGCACAGAUGGCAAACACAAGCGCGUUCGGGGAGAGCAGCCCGUCCGCGCACAACUACGCGUCCGCGGCCUCUGCGGUCAAGCUCGCCUCCCUGGGUCUGAUCACGGGCGUCAGCCUGCUGGGCAACGCGUCGCUGUCGCUGCUGCUGCUGAAGGACAGCUCGCUGCGCAAGGCUCCCUACUACUUCCUCUUGGACCUGUGCCUGGCGGACGUGGUGCGCUCCGCGGUCUGCUUCCCCUUCGUGAUGGCGGCGAUCGGCGGCGGCGGCGGCUCCGCCUGGCCGUACAGCGCGCUCUGCUGCAAGAUCGUCGCCUUCCUGUCGGUGCUCUUCUGCUUCCACGUCGCCUUCCUGCUCUUCUGCGUCAGCGUCACCCGGUACAUGGCGAUUGCCCACCACCGGUUUUACUACAAGCGGAUGAACCUGUGCACGUGCGCGGCGGUGAUCUGCAUGGUGUGGACCCUCUCCGUGGCCAUGGCUUUCCCGCCGGUGUUCGACGUGGGCACCUACAAGUUCAUCCGCGAGGAGGAGCAGUGCACCUUCGAGCACCGCUACGUGAAGGCGAACGACACGCUGGGCUUCAUGCUGAUGCUGGCGGUGAUCGUGGGGACGACCCACGUGGUGUACGUCAAGAUGCUGUGCUUCGUCUACGACCACCGCAAGAUGAAGCCGACUCAGCUGGUCCCGGCCAUCAGCCAGAACUGGACCUUCCACGGGCCCGGAGCCACCGGGCAGGCCGCCGCCAACUGGAUCGCCGGCUUCGGCCGCGGGCCCACCCCGCCCACGCUGGUGGGCAUCAGGCAGGCGUCGCACCUCGGCAACAGGAGGCUGCUGGUGCUGGACGAGUUCAAGAUGGAGAAGCGCAUCGGGAAGAUGUACUACAUGAUCACGCUGACAUUCCUCGUCCUGUGGGCUCCGUACAUAAGCGCCUGCUACCUGAGAAUAUUUGUGCGGGGAGCUCCGUUGCCGCAGCUCUACCUGAGCGCUGCGGUCUGGAUGAGCUUCGCCCAGGCGGGGGCGAACCCCAUCAUCAGCUUCCUGUUCAACAAGGAGCUCCGGAUGCGCCUCAGAGCCUGUUUCCCCAGCUGCCUGGGGACACAGACUCCCAUGGAGCCAUACUGUGUUAUCUGACCCCCCCCCCCCCCCCCCA